GGAGAGGGGGGCGAAAGGGGGAUCGCCCCCACGUGCGCUUUAAAACCCUUCGCUCCCUCCUCCCGGGCUGAGGAUCGAUCGGAUGGACGGACGCGUCCGGUGCUCGCCGAAGGAGACGCUGGGCUGGCUUCUGCCGCGGGGCUAGAGAUUGCCUUCUUCAGAUCUUACAAAACCACCACUAGCACCAAAACCAAAGAUUUUAAGUCAUCUUGCUUCCUUCGCUGCUUCCAAAUUUCCUCCAUCACUGUCAAGGGCUGGUACACUUCACAAUACGAACUCUAUGUCCAGGGGUCCAAAGCCACCUAUUGCUCCCAAGCCAAAAAUCUCCACUGACAACGAUCCUGUGAUUGUUCAGAGAUCCUGUGUUCAUGCCAACAAUACCUUUAACAAAUGUACCAAUGGAAAACUGGAAGGAGAAGGUUAUGAAGGAAGCCUGUGCAACAGUAAGGAAUGCUCAGAAACAGAAGUUGCCGAUGAAUAUAUUGUAAUUCCUGACACUGAGCUAAGUACUGAAGAAUAUGAUGACUUUGACCAUGACCAGGGGUCACCAGAGAAGGAGAGUUUACCCACCCCUGAAGGAACAGGUGAAGAAAUGGAUAAAUGCACUGACAACAAUGAGAUCGGUCAGCUUGAAAUAAAUGUAUUGGAAGCCCAUGAGACGGAACCAGACGAAGACAGCGCAACUGCACCAAACACAAGCCAAUCUCUUGGCUGCCCUGAAGCACCUGAAGACGAGAAGGACGUGUCAAAGGGUGCAAAUGAAAAAGUAGACUGCGAAAGGGAUCCCAUUGAGACCAAAAUGAACAGGGCAGAUGAAACUGAUGAAACACUCCAAGAAUCGGGUUUGGUAAAGGACAAUUAUGACUAUAAUAUGGACAAUAAGAUUUUGAAUGGGGAUGAGGCUUUGAAAGACACUAUGUGUGAAGAUAUUAUUUUAAGGCCUUUAGAAGACUCAAUGCCAGACUCAGAAGGUCUGCUGUUAACUGGUGCAGAUCAAGGAGAGGAAGAGGAGGGGCAGAAGCAGCCGCUCAGUGCUGAUCCAGAAAUGGACCCAACACAUGAUGAUGGAAAUGAAUCAUCCCUCAAUAUAGAGAGGGAAUCUACAGAAGAUGUUUGUGCAUGUUCUGAUGAAAAGUGUGGUGAUGAUUCAGAAGAAGCAGGCAUUGAAUUAGAACUCAAGGGACCUGAUUCUGAUUCCGAAGGGACUUCGGGGAACACCAUGAGUGAAGGUGAUGCUGGAGAUGAUGAGGAAACAGGCCAAAAUGCUGAUCCCGUAGCAAGUAUAGAACAAGAAGAAAACAUAGACAGUGGUUAUCAAACCACUGAGAAGAAGAGUGUGGAGGAAACACCAGAACCAGUGGGUGAUAUAAAGGAGGAUGCCAAGGAACAAAAUGAAAGAGUAGAUACAGAGACUGUGGAUGAUAAUUGCCAGAUCAUUCCCUUUGAAAAAGAAUGCAGUGAAGAUGAUCCCAAUUCUUCUGAAGAUCUAGGUGAAGAUUUGCUCUCUGAAGGGACUGAAAUGCCUGAUGGUAACAGUUCCCCUAAUGUUCAAGAAGUGGAUGGUCUUGAAUCCGACUCAGAGUGUGUAGAGGGAACUAAGCUGGAUAGUGUACUGAGGGAUCACACUGAAGCUGAAUGUGGUUUGGAAGACCUCCAGUCAGAUAACCAAAUGCUUGAAGUUGAUCACAAUAGUAGUGAAGAAAAUACCCCAAAUGCACUCAAAGAAACUUUGUCAGAAGUUCCCUGGCACUCCUCAGAAGAAGGGGACAAGUGCCACAACGGCCACACUGAAGAAAACACAGGCCGUGAAUAUGUGACUGAGGAAGAUUUGGUGGUCCCUGAAGUGGUCAUUGUUCCUGAGAAUGAUGAAGAAACGGCCACUGACUCUCUAGACGAUCCCUAUGUGUUAGGAGACUAUUUGCCUUCCACCAAUGAAACCAUUUGUGCUGGAAAGCAAGUAGGGGUGGCUGAGGUCCAAGGCAGCCCCGACAGUUUCAGAGAGGGAGGGAGUACGGACAGUGAGAACCACUUGCUGCCCAUUGAUCGGAAAAGCAUAGUUACUAGAACAAGAUCCCUCUCUGGAAAAGUACCGGGCUAUGUGCCAGAAACAGUUCCAGAAGAAACAGGCCCAGACAGUGAACUGCAGUCUUCACCCACAACCUCUGCCAUAACUGAAGAUGUAAGCCAUAGUUUCUCUGUGUCAGAAGGAAAGCCCAUGGAACUGAACAGAGCACUGCCGGCAAAGCCAAGGCGCUUUGUUUUAUAUCCUCGAUCUUAUUCAGUAGAAGGUAGAGAUAUGCCUGUCUCUGUAUAUAGAGAAACGGAUACCUCUAUAUUGGAUUACAAUAAAAUAAACAGGACAGAAGACCUCUCUUUGCCCUGUGUAAUUGGUUCCUCGGGUAGCUUUUCCCAGAGAACUCACCUUCCAUCCAGUGGGGUCUCCACCCCCUCUUCAGUUGUUGACAUUCCACCUCCUUUUGAACUGGCCUGUAUCACCAAAAAGCCCAUCACAAAAAGUUCACCUUCGCUUUUAAUAGAGACUGAAUCUCCUGAUAAGUAUUGCAAGAAAAAGAAAUCCUCUUUUAAAAAGUUCCUCACUUUGAAGUUCAAGAAGAAGACGGAAAAUAAAGUCCAUGUGGAUGUUCACAUUUCUUCUUCGAGAUCCUCUUCCGAAUCUAGUUACCAUGGACCUUCCAGAGUUGUGGAACUGGACAGAAGGAGUUUAAGUAGUUCUCCCCAGCUCUUAUCACGGACUGGCAAGCUGAGGGCUUCCGAGUCGCCAACUGUUCUCUUCUACAAGGACGGCAAGAGAAAAGGGACACCCAAGACUUUUAGCAGGAGUGUGUCGAGAGUGGAGUCUUUUGAGGACCGUUCAAGGCCCCCUUUCAUGCCUCUUCCUUUAACUAAGCCUAGGUCUAUUUCGUUUCCUAACGCUGAUACUUCUGACUAUGAGAAUAUACCAGCAAUGAACUCUGAUUAUGAAAAUAUCCAGAUUCCCCCGCGGAGGCCGACCAGGGCAGGAACCUUUACUGAAUUUUUUGAAGAUCCUAGCAGGGCAUUAUCUGCUGCAAAUGAGAAUGAUGGCUAUGUGGAUAUGAGCAGUUUUACAGCCUUUGAGAACAAUAAGCAGCAACCUACCAACCAGGAAACAGAAAGUGCCUACACAGAGCCUUACAAAGUGUGCCCCAUCUCUGUGAUUCCCAUUGAAGAUGUCACCUCUGAUGAGGAACAGAAAAGCUCUGGAGAUGACGAUAGUAACCAGGGAGAGACCCACCUCAUCCAUAAGAAAGAAGGACAAUCCAGAGCCCAUCUCAUUGCCCAGGAGCUUCUGUCUUCAGAGAAAACAUAUGUGGAGAUGCUCCAGCUGUUACUUCGAGAUUUCCAUGAAGCUGUCUUAAAAGUGCUGGGAGAUGAGGAAGACAGUGACCAUGAAGAAGUAAAGCUCAAGGAGGACCUGAAUGAGAUCCCAGAAAUCUACAAGCUGCACCAAGAAAUAUUGGGAGAGCUGGAAGAAAGAGUUAUUAAUUGGGACAAACAUCAGAAAGUGGCUGAUGUGUUCCUCUCCAGAGAGUCAAGAUUCAAUCACCAUACGGCUUAUAUUAUGCAAUUUGAUAGGAGUUUGGCUUUGCUGGAUGAAGCCCGUCUCAAAUCUUCCCAGCUGGAUACUAUCAUUCGAGAGUUUGAGCAGUUUCGUGAUGGCAGUAUUUUGAACGUGAAACAUCAGCUCUUGAAAGUUGUAGAGCACAUCUUCCAGUACCAUGUGCUUCUCACAGAUUACUUGAAUAAUCUUUGCCCUGAUUCCGCUGAGUAUGAAGACACACAAGCUGCUUUGCUUUUCAUCUCUGAGGUUGCAGACCGAGCCAAUGACAGCAUGCAACAAGGGGAAAAUUUGCAGAAGCUGGUACAUAUUGAGCACAGCGUUAAAGGGCAGAGCAAUCUUCUCCAGCCAGGAAGGGUAUUUCUUAAAGAAGGAACAUUGAUGAAAGUGUCUGGGAAAAACAGGCACCCUCGACAUUUGUUCUUGAUGAAUGAUGUUCUGCUGUAUACAUAUCCCCAGAAGGAUGGCAAAUAUCGUCUUAAGAGCACCUUGGCUGUGUCUGGCAUGAGGGUUAGCCGUCCAGUGACAGAAAAGGCCCAAAAUGUUCUGAAGAUUGAAUAUGCUGAAAAUUGCCUAACCUUAUCAGCAAGCUCUUGCUCAGAAAGGGAUGAGUGGUACAACUGCAUCAGCAGAAGCAUCCCAGAUGACUACAGGGCUCACAGUGCAGCUGGAUUUCACAACAGCGUUGAACUGAGGGAAAGAUUGGGAAUAUCUUUAGGUGAGAGGCCUCCAACCCUGGUACCUGUGUCUCAUGUCAUGAUGUGCAUGAACUGCGGCUGUGACUUUAAGCUCACGUUGAGGCGUCAUCAUUGCCAUGCAUGUGGGAAGAUUAUUUGUCGAAACUGUUCGAGAAACAAGUAUCCCUUGAAGUACCUCAAAGACCGACUAGCAAAAGUCUGUGAUGGCUGCUAUGCAGAGCUGAAGAGGAGAGAACGACCAAUAAGUAUGAGCUUCCCCACAAGUUCAUCCAGGUUGUCAAGCAGUGCCUUUUCUUCUGUCUUCCACAAUAUCCACUACUCGUCCUUCAAAAGGCAAAAGAAAAUUCCUUCAGCUCUUUUUGAGGUGGCAGCUUCAGGAGAAGGUUCUUCCAUCAGUGGCUAUCUCAGCAGAUGCAAGCGAGGGAAGAGGCACUGGAAGAAGCUGUGGUUUGUUAUCAAAGGCAAAGUGCUCUACACCUACACAGCAAACGAGGAUAAAGUCGCCACAGAGAGUAUGCCUUUGCUGGGUUUCACAAUUGUCCCAGAAAAGGACGACAGAAAUAUGGAUGCAGUUUUCCACCUUUACCACAAGCAAACUCUGUUUUAUAGCUUCCGAGCAGAGGAUAACAAUUCAGCACAGAGAUGGAUUGAAGCCAUGGAGGAAGCAUCUGUAUUAUAGCAUCAUCCAAGCGGACUUUUAAUGAACACAUUUAUAUUUGAAACAGCAUCCUUCCACUGGAAGAAGCAAUGUAUAUAUGCCAUUCUGGCUAAAUGUACUGAAGAAAACCUGUAUAGUUUUUUCUUCCUUCCUCAAAUUUACUUUCUUUCUCAUGGAAGCUUUUUUUAAAAAACAGUAUUUUUGUCUUUUCCCCCCUGCAAGUUCAUCCUUCUACAUUCUUAAAUAUGGCUGCAUCCUAUUCUGAAGAUGUAGCAUAAAUGCUUCCAUUUCCCCCCUAAAAGGUAUGCUUACUAUCAGCAACUCAUUAAAUUUUGCAACUCAUCUAA